AUGUCCGAGGUGAAGUUUCGGUCCUCAUGCGACUCGUGUCUCAGCACCAAGGUCAAGUGUAGCCAGACGAGACCAGCAUGUGCUAGGUGCACUCAACACGGUCGCCAGUGUGUGUACAGCCAAUAUCGCAAGAUCGGUCGUCCCUCUGCGAAAGCUCUAGGCACGUUGACCGUGCCCAGGGGCCAGCUGCAAGAAGGCGCUGGAAAGCCCGGCCGAAGACUGAAGAAGAGUCAGCAACAGCACAGCCCACAGCUUCCUGUUGAGCACUCGCCAAAAGGCACUGAACCACUUCUGCCGCCGAAUGUUUUGAGUGAGUCGCUAGGGAGCAGUGUCAACCCGAGCCAUCUCUUGAAUGACUUUGGAACUCCCGCGCUAGGGACCGGGGCCAGCUCCGUUCUGGAGGAACUCCAUGCUGGCGACAAUUCGGCUUCGUCUGCGGGAGAUUCUGCUUUGUCCCUCGACCAGAACAUGUCCGACUCAGGAAUUGGGGCGAGUCUGGCCAACAGCCUUGAGUAUGGGAUAGGGGAGGUUGACUGGGCUACGCUUCAGGGUAUAAUUGAAGGAUCAGCGUCCCAAGAACUAGACCUUGCGCUGCAAGGGCAGUAUUACGGUCCCAUAGAGCCCCGUUUCUGGGACAGCCGGCUGUCCCCUGUAUGCCUAGACCCUGGUCCCACCGCCCAGAUGGAACGUCUUUACUCCCCCCUCACCAGCAACUAUUCUCUAUUUGCGGGGCAUCCCAACGUAGAUUCUCCCGGUCGACCGACCUCGGCCUCUCGUCCCUCCCCCUCCCUCUUCGGCGACUCGAAUCCGUUCCCCCUCGGUACCCGCUGCACAUCCCACUGCCACGGCGGUCUCAGCAGCCAGCUGACCAAGAUCUCCGAGAUUCAGGCCCUCGGAACCAGCGUGGCCCUAGACGUCCUCCUCAACCUGGACAACCAAGUCAGCCGCGCUCGGGACAAGAUCCUCCGCUGCCAGUCCUGUCUCGCGGGAACGGGAUGCGCACAGACGCUGCUACUUCUGACGCUCGUGGUCGCCAAUGUCCUCAGCCUGUUCGAGAAUAGCUGCGGCGGGUCUCCGCAGGACGGCCAGAGCGAGGUCGACAGAGGAUCUAUACCGAGUGCGGAUUCGCCCAUGAGCAUGAGUCGGGGCUCAUCAUCGGAUGCCAGUGACUCGCGCAACGUGCUCCCGUACACGACGCGGCCGCUGGUGCUUGGGACUGUUCAACUCAAUGAAUCUGUUAAGCGGGCCUUCUCGCGACAUCUGUUGCGGAUGUAUCUGGACCGGCAGCGUGCCGUGGUGGGACAGCUGGAACAACUGCUGAGGCAGACAGAAGGGAGCAAUACCAGCUUCAAGGUGACGGAGGACCUGCUACAGGAUGUGCUGGGUCGCGUGGAGCGGUUCAUUGGGUUUAUGACCCUCACAGCGAUGGAGCCACAAGUCUGA